AUGUCGUUCUUCGGCUUCGACACCACCCUGCCGAGGGACAAGGCGUCUUCCAAGCAGACCAGAGGCAUUUUCGAAAACCCGGAUCCCUUUGCCGAAGUGGCUCGCGCCAAAGCUGAGGGAUUACACGAGGACGAUGAUGCCAUUGAUUUCGAGGAUACCUACGAUGGCCUGGGCGACCAGUUGGAUGAUGAGCAGGAUGCUUUCAACGAGGAUACUUUUGGCGACACGGGCGAGAUUGGAAAGGAUUUCGACUUCUUUGGCAACACAGCGCAAGUGUCGGACGUGAUCAAUGAGGAGCAGAUUCGCUAUGGCUUGCAACAUCCCAAAUCAUCAUCUCCGCUGGCAGCGACUUCUGCCCCGCCUCCAGCCUCGACCACAACUACAGCCCCGACAACUACCACUGCGACUACCACCGCAACCACCACCGCAACUACCAAGACCACCACGACAAGUACUACCCAAAAACCAAAGAAAACCGGUUAUGAGAAAUACCAGGAUCCCGGGUUUAUCCCGGAGAUUACAGCCAAGUCGAGUGUAUGGGGCACCUCGGUGCAGAAAAAGCCGGCUACUGAGACUGCACCAGCCAAGAAGAUGAUGAGCUUGGAGGAGGUGGAAGCUCAGAUGCGUGCACAGUCCCAGCGACCACCGCAGUCCCAGCCAGCAUCGCAGCCAGCAUCGCAAGCAGUAUCGCAAACAGUACCGCAAACAGUACCGCAAGUAGCAUCGCAGCCCCAGCCAGUGGCAUCUGUUGCGUCGGCUCCUGAGGUGUCUCAACCUGUCCAGCACCUCCCGCAGAUGCCCCCCGGGCCCCUGCCUGAGGGGUAUCCUGAAAUGCCGCCUGAAUUACUGGCUCUCGAGCAACAGGCGUUGGCGGCAGGCAUACCACCCUCGCAACUCUUGCAGCGACUGCAACAGGCGCCUCCCGAGCAGCCGCUAUACCAUGGUCCUCCCCCUACUGCUCCGCCGCAGGCGCCCUUGCAAGCCCUGCAGAAUGUGAGUCGGCCACCGCAAUUCCCUCCGCAGCAACGCCCUGUUGGGACCCCCCGCGGCCCACGGCAAGCACAACAGCAGCCGCCUCCCAUGCCACCGCAGGGACUGCCUGUCAUCACCAACCCCCAGCAACUGAUGAACCUCACCGAGGAACAGCGGAUGGCGUAUCUGAUGGAAGAUGCCAAACGGGCCAAGCGGAAUCACAAGAUCUUCCUCCUUUCCCGCGGCAACGGCUUGAUGACCCCGCAAGAUAAGAACUUCAUCACCCGGAUUCAGCUGCAGCAACUUGUGGCGGCGACGGGCAACGUCAAUGAUCCGGAUCCAGAGGCUUUGUUGUCGGAGGACUUCUACUAUCAGGUUUAUAGUCAGAUCCGGGGCGCUCCACGACAGCAUCCUCGCCAGCCCCUGGGUCACUUUGCCCAGACCUACCUCUUCCAGACAGGGAAUCGCACGGGAGGACAUGGUCGCCGGCAAUACCAUGCGGAUAACCAUAUGCAGCGGAUGCAGCAACAGGUGCAGCGCGCCGUUGAGGCGGCGAAGCUGAAACCCAAGAACAAGCAGCUCAUCAUCGAAGGCAGUCUGGGCAAGAUUUCCUUCAGUAACGCCAAGACCCCCAAACCAUUACUGAACAUCAAACGACCUGAAAGCUCGGAUGGCCUCAAACCAGCCAAGAAGACGGCCGACCUCAGUCCCAGCGACCGGAAAUCUAUCUUGAACAACAUCGAGAACGUGUACGGAACCCUGAUGAAGAUGGAGGAUCUAGAACGCACGAUGCCUCCGCCCCCGGAUGAAAGCGAUGCAGAGGCGAUCCAGCGGCACAUGGAGUGGAGACAGAAGAUGCAGUCGCUCAACCAGAAGUUGUGGCAGGACCUGAAGGUGAUGGAACCCAUCGUGCCGGGCUCCACGGUGCCUCACCCUUUCAUCGCGUUCUUGUCUUACCCUAAGGGAAAGAAGGCGAUCCCUCGCCUCUUCCGUCAGAUCGAUCAGGAGCAACGAGUAACCAUUCUGACCAUGAUUGUCGUGCACCUCGAUUCCAUCGAUGUGGUGCGGAAAGCACUGCUCCAGCCAGGCGAGACCCAGCCGCCGGUGGCUGUUCGGGAGGAGAUCGAACUCUUCUCCCAAGCCGUCAUGCCCAGUCUCCUCGGUUAUGUGAAUGAAGCUCCGUUCAACAUCAUCAUCGGUCUUCUGGGGCUCGUGCUGGCCCAGACUCAGGUCCAACUUGUUGCCCGGACCAAGAUUGGCCUGGGUAUCCUGACGAUGCUGCUCAGCCGGGCUGAGAUUGUCAAGGAGGCAGGCCAGGCGGACGAACGGGACUGGCAACAGUGGAGUGAGAAAUUCAACCUUCUGUUCGACACUCUCGAGCCCAUCUUUGCCGAUAUCUUCCCGGGCACGAUCAACGCGGGCGAUGACAUGUAUGUUUGGCAGUUCCUGGCUGCGGUGGGCAUUGGAGCUAGCCCGGAACAGCAGCAGCGUCUGGUCAUCGCGGUCAAGUAA